UCUCUAGAAUGAAACAACUUCUACGCGCGCCUGCGCACCUCCAAUCUCCCCUCUUUUUCGUCUCCCUUUCAGUUUCACGAUAUGCGAGGAAACUCAGUUUUCGUGCGGUCAGCAGUCGUUGGUGUCCUCGUACGCGUUUUAUGUGUGUCGCGACGUCGCUGGCAGUGCCGGGCAGUGACGGGCGUCACGACGUGUCUCGGUAUCUCGUGUCGGCGUUGCUAUUGCCGGUGCUUAUGCCAUUGUGUAUAUUGUAUAUCGCGUCCGAUAGUGCGUGAAAAAGAAAUAGAAGUUGGAAGAAUGUUGUACUCUAUUCAGUGUAUUUGGUUGCGUUGAUUGGUGAUGAUAAACGUACUGAGUUCGAAUUUUUUACCUACUAAUUUUCGGAUAUGACUACUAAUCUUGAUACAUAUAUAAUUAUCGAUAUAUUUAACAGCUCAGUCAAAUCUUAAACGGAGUAUUCUUUUUUUCUAAAGAACCGUAAAUAAGUGAAUUUCUUUCCAUUAGUGCGUCGUUAAAAUGCUGAUCAACCUUAUUUAAUCGUGACAAAUACGAACGUAAAUUUUUGUCAUAAUGUUACCGCCAACUAUCGGCAAAAUUAACAACAGUGACAUAUUGACAUUGUACACGAAUCCCGACGAUAGCAACGGCAGAAGUAUGGUGGUGACUCAAACAGUUAGCAGAAGCCGGUAUGCGGAAAUUGGCGUUAAAAGGAAUGAUAUUUUCUUGGAACCGUACUUACAUCAGCAGGGGACUGUUCAAGUAGUCAGCUUGCCGAAUACUGUGCUGGCGGAUCCGCUGCAACAUCAUCAACUUACGCAGCUACAUCAUGUACAGAGCGAAGAAUCGCUGUCAUCAGAAGAAUCGACCACCUCAGAAGGAUCUUCAAGAUCUACGGGAAAUUCUAGCAACGAGGUGGCUUGUGAUAUUACUCUAAUUGAAAGACUAAUACGCUCUCAUCCAGUCUGGUUUUUACCAGGCAUUCAGAGAGCCGGAGCUUUUCAUUUGCUGCAGGGCAAGGAAGAAGGAAACUUUGUAGUACGACAAUCGAGCCAGAACGACACAAUGGCUCUUUCGGUGAGAUUACCAGCUGGGAAAGGACCCUACAUUGAACAUUAUCUGAUUCAAGCCAAUAAUAGCAAGCUGAGCUUAGAAACAAGCGAAAACAGAUUCGACAAUAUUCCCUCACUGAUUGCUCACUACUCACAGUGUUGCAGUGAUGAACUACCAGUGCAAUUGACUUUACCGAGAACAAUGCGGGAAGCAAAAAAUAGACAGCAAUUGUCGUCGCUAGCAUUACUAGGCCAAGAAUUUUGGCGAUAUCCCAUGGCAAAUUCAAAGCCACCAGAAAGCAACAGUAGUAAUACUUCCAGUCUAAGUAGUUUUCACGGAGGUAAUAAUAAUAAUAAUAAUAACAUGGAAACACCAACGACGGAAAGCAUAGUGCUUAAUUUGGCUCCAUUAUCAUCUGACAUUACAUACACUUCAUCUCCGACUAAUACUACUAUCGCGAACAGUUCGACAUUUGCAUCAUCGAUGCCGCGCCAGCCGCGUCCAACACCGCCGAAUACUCUCGAUUUGACAACCUUCAAUGAGCCAAUGAAUAAUACCAAAAGAAACCGUCAUAUAUUGUUACCUGGUGAUAAACUUUCUCAAAAAUUGAUUUCACCGAAUCUCGUACAAAGCAUGCGAUGUCCUUCGCCGGUGAUCCACAAUGUAGAAAACAAUGUUUUAAGUCCUGUUCAGGAUAUGAGGAGCUUUGACAAUCUAAAGAACAGUCUGGACACACCAAAAUUGACGACAGUUGAAUUUUCCAAGAGUUCAAGGAAGUUUACGUCUAUCUCAAACUUUCAUCAGAACCUGUCGUGUACCACAUCACCGGAAUUAUCAGACAGUAAGAAUAUUAUUAUUGAAAAUCAAGGAGCUCGACAAAAUGUGAAAACGCCACCACCGCCGCCACCAAGAUGGGCUAAAUCCGGCAUCAAUCAAAAUCAGAAUAAUUUUGUGACUACAAUGGUAACGUUCAAUGUGAACCAGAGCAACAGUUUGAAUCCUUCACAGCAAAACACACCAUCGGACCCCAACACAUCACUGAUGAGCCCUCAAUCCAAUAAAUCUCUCAAUUCUAACUUUUUUAACAAAUUAUCAUCACCUCUUUCGCCUACCUUCCCGGUUUUAUCUUCUUCUUUAAAACUGAUUCCAAAAAUAUCUAAUGUGAUCUCUCCAAAUACUCCUACUAACACAAAUAAAUCGAAAAGGCAGCGCAACCGCGAAAACCGGAAAAACUCACAACACUAUCAAGAAUCAGAUAUCUUGGACUCGUAUUAUCGCAGUUCGCCAGCCGAUAAAAUUUCUGAUUAUGAAGACAUCUGGAACACGACUGACCAAUCGACAGAGUCGACUUGGAAUGACAGGUUAAAAGAUAACAAAGUUGUCUGUAUUUCACAAAAUUGUAUGAAGAAUUCUAAUGACCAUUUGAUGAGUCCCAGAAAAUCCGAAAGGAAUCUUUUUGAUGAAAGAUUGUCAAUUGGAAAACAGAUGAUUCUAAGGGAUGACAAGUUUAUUCUGAAAAACGAUAAAACGGAAUGCAAGGAAAUGAUAAGUCCAGAAUUGAGUAGUUUUAAACCUGUACUGGAAAUGAAAAGUCCUGAUCAGAACUCAUCAGAAGCGACUGAUAUAAGGAAAACACCCGAUCUACUAUCUAGAGUUUACAGUGUUAACUCAUUGAACAGUACGAUGACGUCUUCAAGAAACAAAUUGGGUCUUGUUUUGGCAAAGUCAGAAAGCAACAGUCCCCAGACCCCCGAAUUUAAACAAAGCAGUCCCUUUUAUGCGGAACCAGCAGACGCUAUUGUUCAAAGCACCAUUAUAAUUCCAAGAAGACGACUGAUCAAAAAUAAUUCGACAAUGAAUAAAUACCGACACAGUGAACCAGAUUGGUUACAAACUUCUAAUAAUGUUAACCAAUUGCAUUCUAUUGAUUGCUGGGCGGAGUUCUCUGAAGAGGAGGAUAAAAUGCCAUUAAUCUCGUCGUCAGUCGAUAAUUUAGCAAAAAGAUUGACUCAAACCAAGGAGACAAAGAAAAUUCCACGAGCAAAGCCUGUCCAACCACCGAAGAUUAAGACCAAAAUAAUUAAUGAUACUUUUUGGGCAGUAGAUUCCAGUUGGGAAUUUAUCGGAAAUGAAACCGAAGAAUCAAAUUGCGAAGUGGAAUAUGAUUGUAAUGCCGAUAACGAUGGUGACCCUGUAGCAAAGAAAUUGUCUGUUGAUGAAAAAUGCAAUAAAAACAUUGUUGAGAACACUUUGACUGUUCAGAACAUUAUUUUACAACGAUAUCCGGAACUGCUAAAAUCAUUAGACACGUGUAAGUCUUUACAUACUCAUCGGAACUCUUCGUAUGACAAUGUAGAAAAACGAAGUGUGAAACACGAAGACAGUUCAAAUUCACAAAAAAAUACGUACGAUCCUUCCAAAUGCAAAAUCAUGUUGAAUAUAGACUCAGAAAGUGAUGUGGAAAGAACCAAACGAAACAACAGUUUUAAGGAACGACUAGAUCCUCUUUUAUCACUGCCACGAGUACAAGCGCUUUCAAAAAAUCGUGACCAAUUGAACGGCAUUGGGGCAGCUAUCAGAGCUUACGCUCUUCAACUAGCAGCGGAUAAGACUACAACUUUCUCUCAGAAUAUUGAAAACUUUAUUCAAUGCACACGAGAGAGUAAAGAAGCAAUUCCUCAUGUAGUAAUGCGUAAUAUGCGACAGUUCAUGUCAGGUAUGAAAAACUAUCUAGUAAAGCAUGGUGAACGUGGAUUCGAGAAAGAGGUAGAAAAGGAGCGACUGAAGUUACGAUCAAAUGAAUUCCUCAACCUCGAUGCAAUUCUUGAGGAUGUACUGAUGGGUUUAGUGGUGAAGCCUCUCCGCGAACACGUGUGCCAGCUAUUUAUCGAACAUUAUUUUACUACUGGGGCGUUGCAAACCUUGGCAGAAAACAUCCGACACGCCCAGGGCAAGACUAUUUACGAUCUCGGUGUUCAGUCGAAAAUUAUACCUCCUUCGGAGGAAAGUCUGGGACGCAUUCUCAAAUGUAUUGAGCGAUUACAAAGAGCCGAUUCUCCGCUUGAGAAAUUGAAACAUCUAUUGGCAGCCAUCUCGGCUAUUUUUAACUCGGUGAAAGAAGCUAAUUUAUGCAGGCAUAUUACGCUAGGUGCUGACGAUCUUUUGCCAUUGGUAAUUUGGAUUUUGGUACGUGGUAAAGUAGUUGAUGCGGAAAUCGAAGUAGAGUACAUGUGGGGUCUGCUCCAUGCCUCUCUUUUAAGUGGUGAGGGCGGUUAUUACUUGACAACAUUUUCGAGCGCUGUGCAUGUUCUGAAAACUCUGAAAUCCGGCCAGACUACUAUGUCUACAUUAAAUGGAUGUGGAUCGCCAGACUGGUCAUCUGUAUUGCGAAUCUUAGUACCAAAUGAGUUGCACGGUUCUUUAAAUACUAGAACACUUCCGGUGCGACCUAAUAUGAAUACUAAAGAAAUCUGCCGUAUCCUUGCGCAUAAGAUCAGAUGCACAAAUCCUCAGGAUUAUGGGCUCUUUAAAUUGGUGCAAGGGGAAGAAACGCUGCUUGGAGAUCAUGAAUGUCCACAGGAACUCUCUCACUGCCUUUUUGCUUACAAGCGGAUCGACGCCAAGAUAGCAUGGCCUAAAAACAGCUCUUAAGAGAGUAGCGAAGUAUUUUACCAAUUGAAAAGUGACAUGAAUAUACCUCUAUCAUAAAUUUCAUUUUCCAAGAUAUAAGUAUAUCUUUAAAGUACAUGUAAAAAUUUAUUGAAAAAUUCAAUAUUGUUUCUCACAAGUAACACUAAUCAAGUACAGCACGCCAAUCUUCUUGAAACUUUGUAGACACGUAGUACAUUAAAAAAUAUUAAAAACGUGUUUUUUAUUUUGGCUAACAAGGCGUUUUAAGGUUAAAAAACGCAUUCGAAAGUUUAACACCCUCUAGCAUAAGAGUAAGUUCCAGAUGUGCACAGUGUAAAACGGAUGCCACCUAUCAAAUUCUAUGAAUUUAUUUUAACUUUAACUAAAACAGUAAUCUGAUUUGUAGUGGAUUAUUUUAUUUUGUGCACAUCUGGGACGCUCCGUAGCACAAUGAUAACUAACGCUACUCUUGAGCGUCGUUCUCUUGUAACUUUUACAACAUUAUUUAAUUUUAUAGUCUGAAUAUUUUUGAGAUGGCUAAUUACGAUUUUGGCACUAGUUUUACAAGAUUUAAAAUAGCAGAAGUCGCAGAAGUUUCAAAAACUUUAUUCAAAGUUUCGAAGUUUUUUAGACUCAUAAUUACGGUUUUGCCAUCAGUUAUACCAAUUUAUACGGCGGAUGAAAAUAAAUUUAAUAUCCAUUAGCAUCCAAAAUGGCGGACCAAAAUUCAAAUUUUGAAAGAAUAAAAAUGAUUAUAAGAUAACAACUAAUUAGACCAAAUGGAUAGGGAUCUGAUCAAGCCAAAGGUCUGUCUAGCUCAGCUAUUGAAGGCAAAGUGCAAGUUUAUCCAGCCAAUGAAGGCAAGGUACAGAUUUAUCCAAUCAGUAAAGGAAAAGACUUAUUCAGAUUUGUAUAAUUAAAAACAUUAAAAAAUCUAAUAAUCCUGUCUUCAGCUUGAAUUUCUAAAAAUUUUAUAAUAUACUUUUUGUUUCCGUCAUUUAAAAUUUUGUAAAACUAUUACUAAAACAUUGUAAAUAGUGACUUCGAAAACUAUCAUAAAAACUGUCUUUGGAACUUAUUUUAAAAAAUUUGAAUUUUUGGUCCGCCAUUUUAGAUGUGCCAUAUUGAAUUUACCAUUCUUUAUCCGCUACUUCUAGAUUGGUAUAACUGAUGCUAAAAUCAUAAUCAUAGGUCUAAAAAACUUCUUCGAAACUAACUUUGUAUACAAUUUUCAAAACUUCUGCGACUUUGGUUUGCCAUUUUAAAUCUGUCAUUCUAAAUCUUGUAAAACUAAUGUCAAAAUCGUAAUUACCCUGGUGUAAAAUCGGAGCGUAAGUCGAAUAUAAAGGAAGAGUAAUAAAAGCGUUAACAAACCUUCUACGAAGCGUAAAUUGAAACAAGAAAAUGUAAAAGAAGUGUUAACGCUUCUUUUACAUUUCAUUGUUUCAAUUUACGCUUCGUAGAAGGUUUGUUAACGCUUCUAUUACUCUCCCUUUACAUUUGACUUACGCUCUUACUCUCCUUUUACAUUCGACUUACGCUCCGAUUUUAUUCUCACCAGGGUAGCGAUCUCAAAAACAUAAAUUAUAAUAAAGUAAUAUUGUAAAAAUUGUAAGAAAACGAUGCUAAGAAAUAGCGUUAGUUAUCAUUAUGCUAUGGAGUGUUAAAUUUUCGAAUGCGUUUUCUAAACUUAAAACGCCUUGUUAGCCAAAAUAAAAAAAACGUGUCAAAUAUUUUUUCAACAUAUUACGUGUGUACAAAGUUUCAAGAAGAUCGGCGUGUUGCACUUUGAUAGUGUUACUUAUAAGGAGUAUCUCUUUCCAGAUUUUGAAUAUUGAGUAAUUCAAUUGAUUUUAUAUAUAUUCAAGGAUAUCUAAUAAAAGUAUUUUGAUAGAAAUCCAUUUAAUACAACUGUUCCCAUGGAAUAUUUAUCAUAAAGAAUUAAAUGUAAAAAACAAUAAUUUUUAUCAGUCAUGCAAAUACUUAAAUGUGAAGAAAAAUUAAGUGACUUGAGUUGAGUGAUUGUAAAAGAAUAUAUACAUAAAUACGUUUCACGCUAAUUUUUCAGUUAGCAUAAAGAGAUCUUAAACAGUAUGCAAUAUUUAAUUGUUGAUUUUUUUUAUUUUAAUCCUCAGUAAAUAAAGUCCAAUUAUUUCAACUUCUAGAAAAUUAAAAUUAAUAAGAGAUAAUUAAAAAUAAAUUUUUAUUUUCACAAAAUAAUAUAAUAGGUAGCAUAAAUUUUCUAGAUCUAACACUAGGGAUCUAACAUUAAAGAUAACCGAAAGUUAGUACCAAAAAUUUUAUGAAGUAUAUAUUUGUCUAAUAAAAUAUACAUUUUUACAGCUUUUAAUAUAUUAAUUUUAAUAUUUCUUUAUUUAGGUAAAUUUUUAUAAAGUUUAUAAAACUUACUGAGGGUCAAUAUAUUCAAUUAAAAUAUUUAAAAAUUGCAAUAUGCAAGCAAACUUAUUCAUGAUCAAUCGUCUGUUCUUCGAUCAAUUCGAUCUGACCACUAAUUAAAGUAAUAGAGUGCAAUGAUAAAAGAAAAUAAAAACGUACGAUAGUGCAUGCAUGUGCAAAAAACAAUAUUGAAACGCAUAUAUAUUUGCAAAUGCACACAGGAUAUAUUUGUGGGCGUGCACAUGCUUGACACUUAAUACCCGCACACAACACACAUACACACACGCGUGCGCAGUGUCAUACAUGAAAAAUCAUAUUACAUGCCUUUAUUUAUUGUCAGUAAUGUCUUGCAAAUGUCUGCAAAAAUAAAAAAAAAA